AUGGAUUUCAUGGAUCAUUCCGUGCAUGAGGCUGCAGCUUCAGGAGAUGUUGACUUCUUAAGAGCAAAUAUUGCAGAUGAUGACAUUCUUCUUCAGAAAACUCCUAAUGGCAGUAAUAUUCUUCACAUUGCGGCUGAAUUCAAGCAAAAAAAUUUAUUUGAAAACAUUCCAAAUCAAUCUCCACUGUUUUGGGACACCAACAAGAAGGGCAACACUCCCCUACACGUUACUGCAAGAGUAGGCUGUGAUGACAUAGUAAAGCUACUACUCACUCAACCAGUGAGCAGACUUGCCAGUGGAGGAGUUGAUCAGGAAAGCGGACUCACUGGUAAAGAAGCUCAUAAAGAGUUAGUACGAAGGACCAACUGUGAAAUGGAUACAGCAUUGCUUGUUGCUGUCCGAUAUGGUCAUGGUGGAAUCGUGAAUUUGCUAAUGGAAUUUGAUCAUGAAUUGUGUUGUCUCACAAAUAGCGCCAAUGAAUCACCAUUGUUCCUAGCAGUACGCCAGGGUUUCCUAUCCAUAGCUCGUUCUAUUUUACAGGAGUAUCAAAUAUGUCCUUCUUUUCAGGGGACCCAAGACGUGACGGCUUUGCAUGCGGCAAUAACUCGCACGGGCAAAGAAGCUGCAGGUAAUAAACUACCUGGCAUCAAUUGA